AUGGUGUCCUUCUUUGAGCUACUUGGAGUGCUGGAGAACUUGAAAGGGAUAACAUCACCUCAGGUGGCUUCCCAGUGCCUGCUCCAGGCAUAUGCAAGUGGAAAUGUGCAACUUAUCAACACGACAGACACAGGCAAACUCUCGCAGUUUCGCGCGCAUUUCGUGAGCACGGAUCAAGAUAAAGGUUGCAACUUCGCAGCUUAUGUGCCCUCUCAAGAGGACACGCCGUUGCAGAGGGCCGAGUGGAUCAAGUACCUGGGAACGUUCACGAAUUCUGAAGACAGGGCCAAUGCAGUAUAUGAUGCAAUCAAGACAAACUACCUGUGCUUAAGCAAAGCAGCUGCUGCCCUAAGCACCCGAUUCAAACCUGUAGUGGCAUGGGUCGAAUUCACAGAGGGAGUAUGGACAUUUGUCAGAGAAAGUUACAAGUUACAGUACGUCAAAGAUGCAGGAGCAGAGAUUGUGGAUGCAACUAUUACCGAUAAGAGGUUCAAGGUUUCAGAUCCAGAGGACAUGGACAGCUUACAUGCCAUUCUUUGUACGGUGGAUGUGGUCAUAGAUCAGACAUAUGCCUCGGAUCCUGCAGAGUACAAGCUAUCCACAUUUUUGGACAAUAUUGAUGUGGGCCGUGACUCUUGUUUCAGUUUCAUAACUAACCAAAGCAUAUGGAGAUUUGAUAAAAGAAUAGGAAAUUCCAAGACACUUGAUUGGUCAGACGGAGCUAUCUCCCAGCCCCAGGUGGUUCUUGCUGAUCUGAUAGAAGUUUUCUUCCCAACGGGGAACUACACAACAUUUUACUUCAGGAACCUUGCAAAGGAAGAAGGGGUCACAGAAAUUGGCCCUGAAAUGUGCACUAGGAGCAUAUCCACGCCCAUGGAGCCUACGAUCCUGCCCUGCCAAUGA